AUGUUUGCAGUGGCAGCAGAAGUCCAGACCGUCCGGCUGACCAUGGUGUUCCGUGGCAAUCGUCUCCAUGAACAUCAGCCCUGGCCCUGCGUGGACCAGGUCCCCGUGGAGGUGACCUUCAAUACCGUGAGCCCGCACCUCACCCCGCCAGACUUGGCCUUUCGUCCGUCCCAGGAGCUGUGGUGGGGAGGCGACGCCUACGCUGGAGUCAAUUAUCAUAAUCUGCGCGGCUUCAAUUUUCAGUUUGCCGACGAUAAGGGUUUUAUUGCGCGUCUGCAGUUCUGGGCGGCUGGAAUCAAAACAAACAGCCACUUCCGAGAACUCGUCAUUUGUCUCUCCUACGGCACCGAGGAAGGGGGCGUCUGGGUGCUCUGCGCACCGGACAUCAAACGGUCCGCGGCGGAGCUGGACAUGCUGCAGGCCAACCAUCCCGAAAGGUUCACGCGACUUACCCUCAAAGAGCUGGAUGAGCAUGGCCGCGUGUGGAAGGUGGAUGAGGACGGCCAGGCGAGUCGUGGCUGGCAGAACGUCGUCGUGUAUCCAUGGCAUACCUGGCGCGGGGGAAAAGAUGAGAACAUGGAUGUGUGGAUGACGGUAGAGUCUGAUGCGGGUUUGGAUCUGGGGAAGUCGUUAACUGGUGGUGUGAGGGUUGCGAUGCGGUGA